AUGAAUGAGAAAUUCCAGAUUGUGCCCAGAUCCCGACCCCACGUGCCCACCCCUCUCUUCCUGGCACCCUCCAGCCCCUGCUUUCCUGCUGCAGCCACAGAGCUGAGUGGCUGUGACAGAGAUGCCAAAGCCGAGACGCGUGGCAGCCCUCCUCAGAGACGGCCUCCACGGGCUCCGUGCGGGGUGCAGAAGCGGCUGCCCGAGUGUCGAGCUGGGCGGUGUUUCAGAAUUUACAGCCCCCUGACCGACUGCGCAUGUUUGAAGCCCGGGUUUACUCCCAGCCCUGGAGGGGGCCACCUGCUUUCCCUCUCUCCAUCCGUGUCCCUCCCUGCCCUCUUCCAGCGUUCCCUCUCCACGCGGGCACGCGGCGCCGUCUCCCCCACCCGUCCUGCCCCUGCUCCCGCACACUUCCGCUGUGGCUCUAGGGAGGCAGCCCGGCUGCCCCGAUUCCUGACGGCGUGUUUACAUGGGAUGGCCUCCCGACCCCUCGGCUCCUCCAGGCCAACCCAGAUGGAACUCGGUGUGCCGGGGCUUAGCGGCCUGAGUGGGUCCCCUGCCCUGUACUGCCUCCACCCUGCAGGGCGAGGUCUCUGCAGGAUGAGGGCGGCCAGUGUGGCUCCAGGGGUCCAGACCCGUGGUGGCAAGGCGGGCACGGCGUGGAGGCUGGACUGGUGUCCCCGAGAGCACUGAGGUGGCGCCUGCCAGGUUGGGACUGACGGACCCUGUAAAGCUGGGCUGAGGCCAGGCCGGAGAGCGCCAGUCCCUCCAGGCCCCCCGCACCCUGACCCCGCAGCAGCUAGAGCAGAAGGAAACCACCAGUAGCUGCAGCUGCAAAGUGGACCAAGAGCCGCAGGGAGCGGCAGCUAAGCCCCGCCGUCAUGGCAUCUCAUCACCUGGGGCAGGGCCCCCCCGGCUUGGCGCCGUGGCCCCUGGGCAGGGUCGCUAUUGGAUGUGGGGCGUCCCGGGCACUGGAGGGUGCAGAGCAGCCUCCCUGGCCCCACCCACUAGAUGCCAGCAGCACCUCCCAGUCUGACCACUAUAAAUGGCUGAGACAUCACCCAGGGUCCCCUGGGGGCAAAGUCAGCCAGGGAUGAGAGGCACUGCUUCCUCUCUUCGGGAACUGCUCAGAAAAUAUAACCGCAUUUUAACACAAUUCCCAGGAGGCUCGUAUGCAUAUUAAAGCUUGAGAAGCGCUGCUCUAA